UCCGGAUAAUCAGACACAAUUACUUUUCAAAAAAACUAAAACAGAGCUUAAGCAAACACGUCCAGCUGUGUUUAUUGUAACAUAAUGUGCUCUGCAACGAAGACGUGAGUGUGCGCGCUGGAGACGCAGUCGCUGGACUGUCAAUGCCCGGAUUCUCUAUUGAUCAUGCUAAUGUAUGGAGAUAUAACUUCUUAAAAUAAGCAGAAAUGUGGCCGGCUCGCUUUCUUCUCUUCUUCUGCCUCGUCGUCAUAAUUGUGGUGGUUCAGAGGAGCAGCGGGCAGUCAGUGUGUCCUGGCACUGACAACAAGCUCAGCACGCUGUCGGAUUUGGACCAGCAGUACAAAACUCUUCGCAAAUUCUACGAAAACUGUGAAGUGGUCAUGGGUAAUCUGGAGAUCACCAGUAUUGAAAGAAACCGCAACCUUUCAUUCCUCAAGUCCAUCCGUGAGGUGACGGGUUACGUGUUGGUGGCUCUGAAUCAGUUCGACUAUCUUCCUCUGGAGAACCUGCGGAUCAUCCGUGGCACUAAACUGUAUGAAGGACGCUACGCUCUGGCCAUCUUCCUCAACUACAGGCGAGAUGGCCAUUUUGGCCUUAAACAACUCGGCCUCAAGAACCUGACAGAAAUCCUGAAUGGAGGUGUGUAUGUGGAUCAGAAUAAGUUCCUGUGUCAUGCUGACACCAUCCACUGGCAGGACAUCAUCACGAACUCACGUUCUGAACUUCUGGUUGUGCCCUCAAACAAUAGUGGUAACACAUGCAGAAGGUGUCAUCGCUCCUGUAACGGCCGCUGUUGGGGCCCCCAGGAGGACCAGUGUCAAAGCUUGACAAAAACGGUGUGUGCAGAGCAGUGUGAUGGACGCUGUUUUGGGCCGUACGUCAGUAACUGCUGCCACCGUGAAUGUGCAGGAGGCUGUUUUGGACCCAAAGAUACAGACUGUUUCGCUUGUACCAACUUUAAUGACAGUGGGGCCUGUGUGACACAGUGUCCUCAGCCAUUCGUCUACAAUCCAACAACCUUCCAGCUCGAACACAAUCCCAACGCCAAAUACACCUAUGGAGCUUUCUGUGUCAAGAAAUGCCCACAUAACUUCGUGGUGGAUCACAGCUCUUGUGUCAGAGCCUGUCCGAGUAACAAGAUGGAGGUGGAGGAAAAUCACAUCAAGAUGUGCGUCCCGUGCACUGACAUCUGCCCGAAAAUGUGUGAUGGUAUAGGUACCGGCAGCCUUCAAACGGCUCAAACUGUAGAUUCCAGCAACAUUGAGAUGUUUGUCAAUUGCACCAAGAUCAACGGCAACCUCAUCUUCCUCAUCACAGGCAUCAAAGGAGACAUGUAUCAUGGUAUCGGUGCUUUGGAUCCUGAGCGAUUAAAUGUGUUCCGGAACGUCAGAGAGAUAACAGGUUACUUGAACAUCCAGUCUUGGCCAGAGAACAUGACUGACCUUGGUGUCUUUUCCAACCUUGUCACCAUAGGAGGAAGAACACUUUAUAGUGGUAUUUCGCUGCUGAUCCUAAAGCAGCGCUGGAUCUCUGCGCUGAAGUUCCAGUCUUUGAAAGAGAUCAGUGCCGGUAACGUCUACAUGACCAACAACAGCCAGCUCUGCUUCUACAACACAGUGAACUGGACCAGUCUGUUCCACACCAGCACCCAGAGAGCUCUGAUCAAGAACAACAGGGACCCCAGAGAGUGUACUCAGCAAAGGAUGGUUUGUGAUCCGCUGUGUUCAGUGGCAGGAUGCUGGGGUCCCGGUCCAGAUCAGUGUCUCUCUUGUAAAUACUUCAGCCGGGGAAGGACAUGUGUGAAAGCCUGUAAUCUCUAUGAAGGAGAUGUUCGAGAGUUUUCCAAUGGAUCUGUGUGUGUGGAGUGUGACAGCCAGUGUGAAAAGGUUGAAGAUAAAACUCUUUCCUGUCGUGGCCCUGGUCCAGAUCACUGCUUGAAGUGUUUGCAUCUCAAAGACGGACCCAACUGUGUAGAAAAAUGCCCUGAUGGUCUGCACGGAGCAAACAGCUUCAUCUUCAAAUAUGCUGAGACCAACAACGAGUGCCAUCCAUGCCACCCCAACUGCACCCAGGGGUGUACUGGACCCCGGAUCCAAGAUUGUAUUGGAAUGCUGGACAGGACUCCUCUGAUUGCAGCUGGGGGGAUUGGAGGGAUGUUUGUGGCUGUAAUCGUGGCCCUUGGAUUUGCUAUCUUUUUCCGACGGAAGAGCAUCAAGAAGAAAAGAGCCUUACGCCGUUUCCUAGAAACAGAGUUGGUGGAACCUUUAACGCCAAGCGGCAUGGCGCCCAACCAGGCACAUUUACGUAUACUGAAGGAGACGGAGCUCAAGAGGGUAAAGAUCUUGGGAACUGGAGCCUUUGGCACUGUUUACAAGGGAGUCUGGGUUCCAGAAGGGGAAACGGUGAAGAUUCCAGUGGCUAUAAAGAUACUCAAUGAAAGCACAGGACCUAAAGCCAAUGUGCAGUUCAUGGAUGAAGCACUGAUCAUAGCCAGCAUGGAGCAUCCUCAUCUAGUGCAUCUUUUGGGGGUCUGCUUGAGUCCAAAUAUUCAGCUGGUAACUCAGCUCAUGCCCCACGGCUGCCUGCUGGACUACGUACAUGAACACCAGGAGAACAUCGGCUCCCAGCUGCUGCUCAACUGGUGCGUGCAGAUCGCAAAGGGUAUGAUAUACCUGGAGGAUAGGCGGCUGGUGCACAGGGACCUCGCGGCACGUAACGUCCUGGUAAAAUCUCCAAACCACAUCAAGAUCACCGAUUUUGGACUUGCUCGACUGCUGGAAACCGAUGAAAAAGAGUACAGUGCGGAUGGAGGCAAGAUGCCUAUCAAGUGGAUGGCUCUGGAGUGCAUUCAUUACAGGAAGUUCACACAUCAGAGUGAUGUAUGGAGUUAUGGGGUGACUAUCUGGGAGCUGAUGACUUUUGGAGGAAAGCCUUAUGACAGGAUUCCCACACGUGAGAUUCCAGACAUCUUGGAGAAGGGCGAACGUUUGCCCCAGCCACCCAUCUGCACCAUAGAUGUCUAUAUGGUGAUGGUGAAAUGCUGGAUGAUUGAUGCUGAUAGUCGGCCUCGAUUCAAAGAACUCGCUGCAGAGUUCAGCCGCAUGGCACGAGACCCUCAGAGAUACCUCGUCAUACAGGGCGAUGAUCGUAUGAAGCUGCCCAGCCCCAACCACAGUAAGUUCUUCCAGAGUCUUUUAGAUGAAGAGGAGCUGGAUGACCUGAUGGAGGCUGAGGAGUACUUGGUUCCUCAGACGUUAAAUGCUACUCCCACUUCCCAUAUGCUCCACCCAAACCUAGUUUCAAAUCAAAAUGAGUUUGGGUAUCAUGGUGGAAGUUUGUGCCCAGAAGAUGUGAGAGGGUCCCGAACUCAUGAGGCAGGUGCUACAGAAAUUGGCCCCUUGGUCCUGGCAGGUAUGCAAAGAUCAGGUCUGGACCCAGGAGACGAGAAACACUGUAAUGGAAUCUUGAAGAAACAGCCCACAACUCACUCAGUAGAAGACAGCAGCGGCCAGCGUUACAGCGCAGACCCAACUGUCCUUCUGGGAGAAAAAGGACAGAGGGAAGAUACAGAUGAGGAUGGUUAUAUAUCCACUAUGAAGGACAAGAUCUCCACAAAUCAUCUGAAUCCCUUGGAGGAGAACCCUUUUGCAAUAAAGCGUAAAAAUAAAGACAUUCACGCUCUAGACAACCCAGGUUACCACAGCACCCCUGAUGGAAAGCCCAAAUGUGAAGAUGAAUAUAUCAAUGACCCCCUUUACCUCAACACAUUCAACAACACCAGUGACAUGAACCAGGAGAUGUUAAGGAAAAAUGGAAUCUCUAUCCCACUGCAGGUCAGCACAGCGGCCCACACUCCAGACACCCAUUUUCCCAACAUCAUACAAAUGGGUAAACCCCAUCAUCACAGCCAUGGACUGCACGUUCACUUCGCCAUACCACCAGUUAAGACUGUACUUCCUGAUCAACAUACUCAUUCAGUUCAGUCGGUCUAUGAUCAUGGCAGCAAAUCUGGCCCUCCAGUCCCAGCAGGCCAGAUUUGCCUAGUGAGCCAUCAACCAGGGCACCCAAGCAAAUCUAAUCAUUCACCCCAACAGUUUCACUUGGCAAAGUCCAGUAAAGGUGGCACAAUGGGCCUACCGGGUCACCCAGUGCAAGUGGACAAGAUGUACAAGAAUAGCUUUGACAAUCCUGAGUAUUGGCAGCAUAGCCUCCCACCCAAGGUUACCCCUCAAAACUCCCAUGACUCUUCAAUGAUCUGCAAUAACAAGUUCCUUAACAAGCAGAAUGGCCACAUACAGCCUGCUGUUGCUGAAAACUCGGAAUAUCUGUCUAGUAUUAAGUCAGGAAUGGUCCUGCCUCCUCCUCCUCCAUACCGGCAGAGGAACACUGUGGUCUAGUGCCCAGGUCUCAAUUCUCUGUAGAGCCUGGUUCUUCUACCAGCACCUUAAAUGUCUUUCCUUGAUCCUCUGGUGGUCAAAAAUGGGACGAGAAACAAUACAAGUCACUGAACCAACAUAAUGUCACAGAAAAUAUAACAGAAAAACCAUGGGGGGAAAGGUCAACACAGCCCAUCAUAACACCAUCCAUUCCCAAAGACCUCACAAGUCAUCCAGGAACUUUUUUUUUUCUUCCUCUACAGGUAUUUUAAAGUUUUUCUUUCAGUAUGACACAUAAUCAGAUGUACUGUAACAUCAUUAAUUUGUUGAAAUUAGAUAUUAAUUACACUCUUAAAAACAAAAGUAAAAAAAAAAUGGGGUUUUCACAGCAAUUCCAUAGAACAGGAGUAUCCAAACCUGCUCCUGGAGGGCCAAGAGUUUAGUUCCAACCAGCUCCAACACACUUGCCUGGAAGUAUCUAGUGAGUCUCAAGACAUUGAUUACUCUGUUUCAGGUAUGUUUUAUUAGGGUUGAAGCUAAACUACUGGAGGACAGGAACAGGUUUGGACACCACUGCCCUUAGAAGAACCAUGUUAGGUUCCCCAAAGAACCUUUCAGUGAACAGUUCUUAAAAGAACCAAUUUUCCUUAGUUUGAAGAACUUCUGAAGAACCUCUUUCCAUUAUGAAGAACAUUUUGUGCAAUGGAAAUACAUUUUUAAGAGUGUACAGUACAGUAGGUGGUUCCAUCUAGGUGGUUCCAUUUGGAUGUUUGAAAUUAAAAAUGUCAUUCUGAAUGGACAGAGGUGUUUAUUUAAGAGAUAGUAGGUGUGUAUAUGCACUUAAAUUUUAUAUUUUUAUGACUGGAACACUUGCACUUUUUCAGCUCAUCCUUCAUAUGGCUAAAACUGCUCCCCUACUGGGGCGACUACUGUUAGACCUGAAAGGAUUGUGAAAUUAUUGACAGUUGAGUUGCUCAGCACAAUGAGUUAAAUAGGAGACUGAUAAAGGCACUGAGAUGCAUUUGCUUGUUUUGGAAAUACAAUACAAUAAUCUUCAAUAAUGGUCAUCGACCAUUUGGUGAGCGUUGAACUCACCUGUUGAGAGAUGUGAAGAAUUAAUUAUCAGGAAGAAUGGCACUGAAUGGUUUACAGGCUGUUUACAUUAAUUUACUUUAUUGGUACCUGAAAUGAGUAAGCACAGACAAAGGCUGUCUGGGAACUUAAAUUCUCCUUUGACUAAAUUUUUUACUGUUAUUUUUGAGUUCUUACUGGUUAAAAGACAUAAUUCAAGUUAGUGGAUAUUCUAUCAAAACAUUGAAAUCAACAAAAUUUAAACCAUGUUUUUCCAGCAAUCAAAUGUUUCAUAAUCAUUCAAAAUAUUUGGCUGACAUCAAACCACACUGUAAAUUCUAAUUAGUAAACCUUACUUUAAAAAAGCAUCCAAACCGAUGGCCUUGAAAAAAAAUAUAAAUAAAUAAAUACAAGUAAAGUGUGAAAUAAGAAUUUAUUUUUAUCCACCUUUUUCCUCAACGCAGAAGUAAGCCUAAGGGUACUUCCAUUUCUUUCCAUUUCUAUUGCCGCUAUAGGUAAAUAACGAAGAGAAUAACAACAUACAUAUUAGGCAGCAAAACAAACUGUUUUAUACAGCUAAAAAGCU